AUGGAGAAUAAAAACCAGAUAUUCCCGAGACUGAAGCCUCUAUGCGUCGCUCUCCACCAAUCCGCCCUCGAAGUCAACGGACCAAAGGCCAAUAUCAAUGUUCUGACGCAACGACUGGAGGAUCUCAAGCAUGCUCUCUCUUCCAUCACUUCCAAGCCAAACGCGCUCGACGAGAAGAUCGCCGAAUAUGUCUUCGUCCCUCUCUCUUACGUGCUCAAGGCGAGCCAGCGAGUCUCGGUGCGAUGCAUGGAGUUGACAUUUCAAUGCUUAGCGAUUCUCAUCGACCAAGGGUGGAAGUCACGCAUACAGCCUCAACUUGCAGCACAGAUCGUUAUUCUGUGUACCCUGAUGGCGGAGAAGAAUCCGAAGGGCAUCGCUUCGUCAGAGUCGACGCCUGAGCUUCAGGCAAGCGCUUUGUGGUGUCUUUUCCACACGUUUACAGUAUUGGGCUCUGCAGAGAAUGCGAGGGGCUCUCUCAACUCCGAGGAGAACUUCCCACAACUCGGGCAGACCAUCAGUGUCAUACUCGAUGCCUUGAUCGAAGGAGGGUCGGUAGAGGCGCAGGUCGCUGCUACGAAUGCGCUGAGAUCACUCGUUCAACAUGUUGCGACCCGUGAAGUGCAAGCUGCAUUUCUGCCAGGUAUUGUGUCAAAGCUCACGAAGGUUUUAACGACACAGUCGAAGCAACGACGGAAUCACGUUGUCCUAUUUGGGUCGCUCGAGAUUCUGCAACUUCUCUUCCGAAAUACACUGGAUACCAAGGCGAACAACAUGACCACCAGCAACCACAGCAAUGAAACAAAAAGAAUUCAAUCGUCUGUCAUCAACGAAAAGUGGCUCGAAAGUGCGGCGACCCAGUUGAAGCCAGCAAUCGCGAACAUCGUUCGACUGAAAGAUCACAGCAGAAGCGACGUGAGAGAAGCACUGGCACAGGUUUGUCUACUCAUUCUGAAGCAGUGCCGGCCCACGUUAGAAGAUUGUGCAGGAUUGGCUCUUGAAACAGUGCUCUUGCUUUCGGCAGACGAAUCACACGAGUCAAUGAAAUUCAGACUGGAGUCCCUCAUCUUCGGCGAUCCAUCAAUAUCUGAUCUACUGCAGAACACCCUAUACAACUGGCUACAGUCUCUUCCCACACAAAUCCAGGGAGCUGAUGACCAGGCGAAAGUGCGAAGAUUGCAACAGAUCAACACAGCCCAUGACGUUCUCAAGUCGAGUGGUGCCGAUAUUAGCACACUAGAGCGGAUGCUCGGUGGCAUUCUUCGAGACAGCAUGGUUGUCACAAUUCAGGAUCGUGUUCCACGGGAGCAACACGAAGCUUCUGUGUCGCCUUUACAUUCGCUGGACCUCACGAUUGUCCAACAGCAGCACAGAAAUACGGAAUUCACGUCAUCUCUCGUCAAGCACAAAGGACAACAGGAUGUCAUCGAUGCAAUACGCCAGUUCACGAUAACAGUCAGCCAAAGGUCGGCUUCGAGCUUUGCUGCAGAUGUUGCAAGGUCGCUUCGCCAGUCAACCGGUGAGGUGCAGAUUGCCAGCUUUUGGUUAUUGCUCGACAUCACGAAAGCAACGCUGGAACGUGAUCCUCAGGUCGAUGCGCUGUUAACUGUCAGCGAUCGCUCGCCUCUCGGAGAUUCACAUUUACUUGAAGACCUGUACUCCUUUUCUUUGGAAGUACUUGGUGAUACGUCAGAUGACCCACCAGACGACCGUCUGCAGGCUCUGGCCCUUCGUACACUCGCACUUAGAGCCCAAGUGCUCGGCAAAGACUUUCGACAUGAGCUUAUCGACGCUCUCUACCCAGUACUCCACUCUCUGGCCACACCAGACGAACUGCUACAGCAGGACAGUAUCACAGUAUUGAACGUUUAUACCGCCUCCUGCGGGUAUGGAAGCGUCAAAGACUUGAUCGUGGAGAAUGUUGACUAUCUCACCAAUGCUGUGGGGUUGAAGUUGAAUGCGUUCGACGUCAGUCCUCAAGCACCUCAAGUUUUGCUCAUGAUGGUCAAGUUGGCGGGCCCAAGUUUGCUGCCCUACCUGGAAGACACCAUUGACAGCAUAUUUGCAGCUCUCGCGGACUUUCAUGGUUACCCUCUCCUCGUUGAGCUCCUGUUCAGAGUGUUGAGCGUGGUCGCUGAGGAAGGAGUCAAAGCUCCUCAGUUGAGCAUCACUGAUGGAAAGCACGAGGGUCGUGUGACUGUGAUCGACCAGCAGCCGAUCUCCAUUGCUGAACUCGCUGCUUCGUUGCAAGAUCGUUCUGAAAAGCCCCUACCUGCUGAGCCUGUCGACAAUGAACCACAUCCACAGCGCCCGUGGAAGACCAUCGAAGACGCCGAUCGUGACGAAGAUCAAGAGGGUGAGGAGGACCAGGUAACGCAACCGCUCGAUGAACCCGAAAAGCCUCCACCAGCACCGAAGACGUAUAAGCUACUGCUCAAGAUAUCAGAGUUAACUCAGCAUUUCUUGCCUUCGGCCUCACCGACUCUACGAGCGUCGCUCCUGGUGCUGAUCAAAACGACAAUGCCGGCGAUCGCUCGUCACGAGAAUUCUUUUCUGCCGCUCGUCAACACGCUUUGGCCAGAGAUUACAUCCAGGCUGGACGACACAGAGCCACACAUAAUUGGCAACGCACUCGAUGUUGUUGCCUUGCUCUGUGAACACGCAGGCGACUUCAUGCGUAGCCGAGUGCUGCAGCUUUGGCCAAGGCUCGUCGAGAUUCAUGGACAGAUCGUCAAAGAUAUCGUUCAGUCGUCGAUGCCCACAAGAGCGUUGCAAUCGGAGAAGAAGCAACCUACCUCGACGUCGACCGUGUCGAAGAGCUCACAUCUGAAGCAAGCCAUCGCUCGCUUCCGCUCAUCUCCUGCCGACUACAGCGAUACAGGAACACGACAGACUUGGACAUCACUGAUGCAUACAGUCCCUGCAAUAGUGCGCCAUGUCACAAUUCCAGCAGACUUAUUUGAAGAGGCUCUGGAGAUGAUGAGCCCCAUGCUUGACGAUGCCAAGGUAAUGGAGGCCUUUGAGUCUCAGAACGCAGAUGCUGUAUGGCUCUCUCGUGUGAGGAAUGGGACUGUUGCUGUUCCAAGAAUGCCGAUGUUGAACGAGGGCAUCAAGCUCGGGUUUGUUAUGGUUAAUGGUUGA